UGGGACGGACUCGUGCGAUAUAACCUCCCGAAAUGGCAGCGGGAGACACGCGAGCGAGAAAUGAGAGAAAUCAACCAAUUUUCUGCGAACUGUCAGCUGGCGAUUUCGAGCCGGAAAUUACGGAGAUCGAGAGUUUAUGCGUGGAAUGCGGGAAAAAUGGAAUCACCAAGUUAUUGUUAACGAAAAUUCCGCAUUACAAAGAUGUGGUGCUUAUGUCCUUCGAAUGCGAACACUGUGGCUAUCAGAAUAAUGAAAUACAAAGUGGUGGAAAGAUAGCGGAGAGAGGUAUCAAAAUAACAUUGCAAGUAGCAACGCAGCAGGAUCUGAAUCGUCAAGUAGUUAAAUCUGAUUACACCAGCAUUCAUAUUCCCCACUUAGACUUUGAGAUUCCUGCGCAAUCUCAAAAAGGAGAGAUCACAACGAUAGAAGGAAUAAUCGAUAGGAGUAUUAGAGCUUUGGAACAGGAUCAGCCUAGACGGCGAGAGGAAUUUCCAGACACUGCGGUCGAAAUAGACCUAUUCAUCAGCAAAUUACACGCAUUGAAAAUACUUGACGAGCCAUUUACCAUAAUCUUCCAAGACAUUUCAGGAAAUAGUCAUAUAGAAAAUCCCAAAGCUCCAAUCAAGGAUGGCCAAUGUAAUAUAACGUACUUUAAAAGAACGAAAGAACAGAAUUGUAUGCUAGGAAUUUACCUGGACAACGAAGAUGCCUUGCUCAAGCCUAUACAGGAGGGAGAGUAUACUCUGGAACAAAUUGAAGGCGAAGUGUUGUCCUUUCCCACCAAUUGCCCAGAUUGCAAUAGCCCCUGCGAAACAAAUAUGAAAGUGACAAAUAUACCGCACUUUAAAGAGGUUGUCAUAAUGGCAACAUUGUGCGAGACUUGUAGUCAUAGAACUAACGAGGUGAAAAGUGGCGGUGGAAUCGAACCUCAGGGAGUCAGAAUCGAAGUGACGAUAACAGGCAAGGAAGACUUCAGUCGCGAUUUAUUAAAAUCUGAAACUUGCGACAUGGAGAUACCCGAACUCGAGUUAGAAGUUGGUCCGGCUGCUCUGGGCGGUCGAUUCACGACUGUCGAAGGGAUUAUAACAGCGGUAAAGGAACAGUUAUCUUCAUCUACAGCUCUCACUGGAGAUAGCAGUGAUUUGGAAACUGGGAAGAGAAUGAACACAUUUAUCGCUCAUUUGCAAGAGGUUUUGGAUGGUGAAAGAAAAGUGACUCUAGUUUUAGAUGACCCGGCUGGAAAUAGCUAUGUGCAAAGCCUCUCCGAUGAUGGGCCCGAUGAUAGAUUAAAUAUCAAGAAAUAUGAUAGAAGUUUUGAGCAGAAUGAAGAACUUGGACUCAACGACAUGAAAGUUGAGAACUAUUGAACUUGUGUUAAAUUAGAUGUAUCAUCAAAGUAUAUUUGAAAAAUGGCCAGAUAACAAAACUUUCCACAAUUGCUGGUGUAACAAAGAUUUUAUUGUUCAACCAACUCGCAUCGUGUAAAUAUAAAUUUUAUAUUAUUUUAA